AAAUCACGGGCCCUCCCAUCGACCAAUCACAUCUCUUCCCCGCGUUUAUAAGGAAUUGCCUAUGCCGCAGAACAGGGACCGAACAAGUGCUUGAAUUGAAGCUGCAAAGAUCUGAACCUCUGAACCCUGAUCUCCAUAAGCAGAAAUUCCAUAUAAAUUAGGAGCCAAUUUUUCAGAAGGAUGAAAUUGUUACUCAUUCUAACAGCAUUUGUGGAAAUCAUCUCUUCCCUUGAAGUGAAUGAGCUGAAUCGGCGAACAGCACGCUCCCUCCCUUCCACAGUUUACUCAGACUUUUUUGGUCCACAAAGUCUACACAAACCAAGCAGAGCAGAAACAGACUCCAGAUGUGGAGAAAGGCCCGGGAAACUGCUGAAGAUCGUCGGGGGGAAGGUCACCGCGGUGGAGUCGCACCCAUGGAUCGCGUCCAUCUUCUGGAGGGGUCGAUUCUCGGAGAGAGUGUUUAAGUGCGGCGGCAGCCUCAUCUCUCCCUGUUGGGUGGUCACGGCAGCCCAUUGCUUCCCAGACGGCACGGAAACCAAACUUCAUCGCCUCUCCGUCUUUUUGGGAAAGAACGCCGUCAAUGAGACCGACUACGAGAGAGAACAGAAGUUCCGCGUGGAUGAACUCAUUAUUCACCACGGGUUCGACAACAGUGACGGAAACUACAACAAUGAUAUCGCCUUGCUGAAGAUAAUCGGAAAUGAUGGUAGGUGUGCGGAAGAGUCCGGCUCGGUGAGAACGGUCUGCCUGCCCCCAGCCAAUCAGAUGCUCCCUGCGGGGGUCACCUGUGAAAUCGCUGGAUAUGGGAAAGAGCGGGAAGGGAUCUGGCAUAACUCACAGUACCUACGAGAGGCCACGGUGAAGCUCUUGUCCCAGGACGUCUGCACAAGCAACGACUACUACGGAAAGAUGGUGACCAACAACAUGUUUUGUGCCGGCAGUCCUGACUGGAAAAUAGACUCCUGCAAGGGAGAUUCGGGGGGGCCCUUGGUGUGCGAGGCGAAUGGCCGCCUGUUCCUCUUCGGGAUCGUCAGCUGGGGGGAGGGGUGUUCCCGGAAAUUCCGCCCGGGAGUCUACACCAGGGUCACCAAAUAUAACCGCUGGAUUGGGAGAAAGACCGGCCUGUCCUCCAUCGCUGCGGGCUCCAUGUAUCCGCAGAAGUGACCCGCCUCCGCCCAGCUGCAGCCCAGCUGUUAAACGGGCGAUCCACAGAUCCAGCUCUAUCCACUUCCUGUCAAUCAACCUCAUCUUCUGAGUUUAAAAAAAAUAGCUGGUGUAGCACAGCACCGCUGCUGAAUUCCAUCAAACCAUACCCAGGAUUAUAUGCUAAUGGAGUUGUUUCCGUUAUUACAUAAUGCCAGAGAAUAUGCUGCCAUAGAUUAUUUUUAAAAGAAAACUUAUUCUGAACAAGUGUCCGGCAAACUGCGAUGACAUGAAAAUGGAAGAAUUGUGUUUGUAAUAGAAGGUUAACAACAUUUACCCGCAGCAGAUGUAAUGCUAGACGCAUCCAUCCUGCAGAUUUGGUAGCUUAUGAAGUUCUGAUGCUAAAAAAUAGUAGCGUAACUUCAAGGAACAGUACUUGUGUAAUUGUUUUGUUGUCAUACUUUUUACUUUAAAAGUGAAUUGAAUAUUACUCAACACUCAGGAAAUUAUCAGAAACUAGAAAAAAUUCUGAUUUGUUUCAAGUUAUUUUGAAGACAUGCUGAAAGGCGGUUUUUUUUUUGUAUUUGAUUAUUUAUUUUGGACUUGUGAAACACUGCUGCUGCAUCAUGCACAGUUGUCUCUAUUUUCAUAGUUUUUUCUUCUUUUUUUCUCACAUCCUGUCAAGAUAUUUCAUUUGUUUGUCGUUCUUUUCUCUUUUUUCAUUACUCUGACGUGAGUACUGCAUAUUGGUUUGAAUGCUCUCAGUACGGGAGGACAUUUUGCCUUCACUUCAGACUCUUAGAUGCUGAGACAGGCCUAACAGGAGCAGGGCUGGGCCAUACGGUCAUAUUUUUAAUGGGGCAUUUGCUGUGCAAAUAUAUAAAUAUUUUUCAGUAUUUUUGAAUGUUUCAGCAACACAAUAUGUAUUUUUUAUCAUAAAAAAACCGUAUUAUCCAAUACCACAUGGCAUAUUGUAUGUUUUAUACUAGACUGAUACUUACAGUUUUAUAUUAUACUAAGUAAAAUAUCUUUGCACAUUGACACACGGAGGAUCUGUAAGUUCCCCUCUAUGUGAAAGCUUUACUUGUGUUCUGUAACUUUGUGUACU